GCUCUCGGGGCUGACAGAUGGUGGAGAGCCCGCCUGAUGUGACCGUCAGCAGCAGCUGGAGCCCGGCUCUGCCCCGCCGCCGCCCGCCGCCCCGGAGCUCCUCCGGGGAUGAAGCCGAGCACACCUCCGUUAUACUUGGAACGAGUCCAGACGCUUCAGCGGAAAGUUUUCCUCCUCGGAUGGAGGGAGGUUUGAGACAAAGCGGCUGCCACGGAGCUCUUUUCUCCUCUCUGUUGUGACGAUGGAGGAGGAGCUGCUCUGAGCCACACCAUGUCUUGGGGGGAGUUCAUUGAGCUCCGCGAUCUGAAUUCGAGCGGCGACCAGAUCGAGCUGACCGGCUCUCGCUCGCCAUGCUCGCCUCCCCGCCUGGAGAGGACCAACGCCCUGAGGAUCAGCCCCGGGAAGGUGCCCGACCUGCUGAGCAGGGUGGGCAUCAUCAGGGUGCUGAGCAGCACCCAGGACCCCCAGCUGAAAGAGGAGAGAGGAGAGGGACACCACUUCCAGCCCUGCAGCCACGCUCAGCCCACGUGGUGCGACCUGUGUGGCGAUUUCAUCUGGGGCCUUUACAAGCAGAGCCUGCGGUGUGUCAACUGCAGGUUCACGUGCCACUACCGCUGCCGGGCCCUGAUCCGGUUGGACUGCAGUUGGGAGCGAAGCUCUGCAGCUGACAACGCUUUUGUUGUGGAGCAUGUGAUCGAAACCGACACGAAUGUGGACGAACAAGUGGAAUGGGGCAAGCAGGAGUGGACGGCUGCAGACAUCCAGCAGAAGGUGAAGGAAUACAACGCUCAGAUCAACAGCAACCUGUUCAUGAACAUGAACAAGGAUGCGUCCUACACCGGCUUCAUAAAAGUGCAGUUCAAGUUGGCCCGGCCUGUGUCGGUUCCCACCCCAAAGAAAGGAAGCUCCGACGCAGGAGCCAGGAAAUCCAGUGGAGUGAAGCGUCGCACCUCCUUCUACCUCCCAAAGGACGCGUCCAAGCAUUUGCACAUAAGUUCCCGGACUUCUGCUCGGGAGGUCAUCGAGGCUUUACUGAAAAAGUUCACUGUUGUGGACAAUCCUGGAAAGUUUGCCCUGUUCGAGCGCAGCGAGCGUCAUGACCAAGUCUAUGUCCGUAAGCUGUCUGACGACGAGCGUCCGCUCCGCCUGCGCCUCAGUGCUGGACCCAAUGAGAAAAUCCUCAGUUUUGUGCUGAAAGAGAACGAAACUGGUGACGUCAAUUGGCAUGCCUUCUCCAUGCCCGAGCUGAAGAACUUCCUGCGCAUUCUGCAGCGUGAAGAAGAGGAGCACGUCAAGCAGAUCGUGCAGCGCUACGCCCUGGCCCGCACCAAGAUGCAGGAGGCUCUGGCUGGCUCCACCCCCGGCUGAUGUGACUCCGCGCUCGGGGUUCGAACGUGCACCUCUUGGCUGGACGGUCGCCACGGAGACGACCAGCCAUCGUUGCAUCCAAAGAUCCCAGAGAUUACAACUCCAAACAUCUCUUCUGGAGGAGAGAGUGAGACUGGGCGCGAGACAAUGAGAGAGAGAGCGAGCGAGAGAGAACCAGCGCGAAUGUGCGUGUGAGAUGAUGCGAGAGAUGAGAAGUGCCUUACACCUGGAGAGCCUGAUGUGCCUGAGAGAAUGAGUUGAGAGAAUCAGAGACUGGCAGAUGAGACAGUGGUUUUAGCCUGUUGGGUGAUAAUCUGGUUAUCCUGUACCUCAGCUGUGUCACUUUGACUGAAUAAAUGAAGGUUAGGGGCUUUUUCCACACGUUAAAAACUACAAAGCAACCCAGUGAAGAAUGUACUGCAAGAUAAUUGAGCAGAUAAUCAUAUUAAACAUACAUUCCUGUUACAUUUCCGGGAACAAAAUUGCAGAUAUAUUCGAUUCCCUUUACAGUCAAUUCAACCAUUUCCAUGAAUGUUAAGCUUUUUCGCCAUAGUUUUAGUUUCCCACUCUGCCACCUUCUUUAAAGACACAUUUUUUUCCCCAGCUGAAAGGUAUUUGGAUGAUCAUUUAACCCGAUCUCAGGAGUCUGCCAUGUCCUCUCUUCUCUGCACACCCCUGAUGGUGCAACUCUUUUAUUUCACUGUCAAUGUGUGAAUGUGACUGAUGUAUGGACAUUUGUGGUAUUGAAUGUCAAAGUCACUCUGGUUGACUGAAAUCGUGAAUGAACAUUGAUGUUACAUGUGUUUCAAUGGAAACUACCUGUCAUUCCUUUAUAUCUGUGUUCUUCUUUGUCCUUGAACAAAAUGUCUUCUGGUUUUGUUUUUUUUUUUGCCUUUUUUAUUUCACUUUUAUCUUGUCUGUCUUUGCACAAAUUUACAUGUUGUAACAAUCUUUGCAAUUGUGCACUGUUCAGUAAAGGGUUUUUUAAGCCUAUUGGGUGUUAUUUUUUUC